UUUAGCCGAAGCUGGUGUCACUCCCAUGAGUCACAACUACAAGCAGUCUACCAACAAUGCCGAGAAGGACAAGGGCAGUGUGGAUCCGUGGCGACCUCCUCCAUCAACUGGAAGAUUCUGCCCACCCCACUAUAGAGGCCACCCUUUGAUCUGGGCACAUCCACCUCCUGUGCCAGGUUCGGGACCAUCCCGAACCCCUCCACCUGCACCACUUGGGCCUUUUUCAGAUCCACAUGUUGCUCCUGUGAGUAACAACAACACUGACUCUACCAAAAGGAUCACGGAGGACAAGGCCAUUAUGAAUGCAAGAGGGCCUGGUCCUUCCCCAGGAUCGCCUUGCAGGCUGUCCCCCAUGGACCACCCUUCACCACCAGUCACGGGCUAUGGGCCACCUCCGCCUCCUCCACCAGCUCCUCCACGUACUAAAUUUGGUUUGCGUCUCCGAAAGUUCCCUCGCAAUCUCCUGAGGUUUUGCCUGUGUUCCUGCUGUGUCAGCUCUAACACCAGCUCUCGGCGGUCAUCUCAGAGCCUCAGGAGAAUGUGAAAUUUGAAGAGGACCCUGAAUUGUGACCACUGGCUGUGGUGAUGUGAUAUAUUUAGAAAAGUUGCCUGAUAUGCGUAUUUGACUGAAUUCUUUCCCUGACCAUUCCUGUCCCCUCUAUUUUGUUUUUCCUCGUUUCCCCUAAUAAACCCAUCACAGUUCUGUAUCUCUGUCAUUAUCUGCUUCCAGGAGGACCUACGGUCAUUCUGUGUUGAUGUACACAGUGUGACCCCUGUAUACACAGUCACAAACAGGUAGAAUCUACAGUAAUAGGGGCAGAAGAUAAGUGACUGUUUGAAUUGUAUUGACUGCACAUGUCCCGCUGGU